AUGCGAUUUAAUGAAAAGGAAGCAAGUACUAUCGAUGGAGCCUAUCGAUUCAAAUGUUUUGAUGAAGAACGGGGAAAUUCACUUAAUGGACCAUUAAUACAACAGGGUGAGGACGAAGUGACAUCAUCCCAGGCGAUUUUGAUUAGUUGA